UCCACUUUGACCGUCUGCUCCUCUUGUGCAUUUGCAUUCAAUCCUAGAAUCUACAUAACACUCCGUCAUUAUACACUCGUCAUCCUCAACUAUAACGGGUUCAACUGGCGACCGAAGAGACAACUAUCUAUUUUUGUUAUUAAUAUUGGACUGAAUUGUCACGAAUAGUUGAAAUCGAACGGCGAUUCUGUCGCAGCCUAAGUCAGCCCAAAUAAGAUGGCAGCCCCUUCAACUCCUCCUCCGCCGGGUACCAUCCGGACUCCUCCCACUCCAAAACAUGGCUACGCUGAUUCUUGGGAGCCUUUUUCACCACGAAAGUCAGCUCGCAUUUCAUCCCAACAAACCCAACAAAGGGCCAACCACAACCGCACUCCAUCCCCGCGCGCCACCAACCGUACCAGCACCAACACGCGGAAGUCAUCCACAACCUUCAGCACCCCCUCUGUGUCGCCCCAGAAGAAGCGAGCGCCCGCUAUGGAUUCCGUUCGACGUGCCGUAUCUGGCAGCCUGACCACUGAGAGUGCUGCUAAUGCGGCCGAUCUACUCGGAAUUGGCUCCUCCAAGUCGCAACAGAAACCAACCAGCACCACGGCCGUCACUCGCAGCGUCGCCGGCAUGCUUCCUACCCCAGCCAAGACCCCACGCAAGCAGCCGGACGAGAAGACUGAGGCUGGCAUCCGCGCGAUUGCCCGCAACCUCUUCUCCAACGAGUCUGAUGCUAUCAGCUCCAGAAAGAAGAAGACCAAGAAGUACUCGGGCCUGACUCUGGAUAGCUUCAAGGCCGAUGAAGUCGAUGAGCCUAUUGCUAUUUUCACUGAUUCACGCGACCGUCUUCCUGAGCUCGACACGAGCGAGGAGAAUCCUUUCUAUGGCGAGACCUUGACUAUCGAGCCUGUACCUGAUCCUACUAAGCGACGCAGUACUAGGCGUACUACCGUCCUUAUUCCUGGCGAGGGUCGUGUCGAUGUUGAAGAAGCUGUCAAGCGCGACGACGGUGUGGUUUACGUCUUCCGAGGAAAGAAGCUGUGGAAGCCCCGCGAUGCUGUAAACCUAGCUGAUAUGCUAGAGGUCGACGGUGGAGGCGAGCGUUUCACGCUUGGCGCAUCUGACGAAGAAGAUGUACCUCGGCGUGUCACGCGUUCUUCCUUCAAGCCUCGCCUUCUAUUCCAGACCGGGGAGAAGACCAAGGGCAAGGGCGUUCCCGAUGUCAACAUCGAGACUGAGGAUGAGGAAGCUGUUACGGACAUCGAAGACCAUGUCACAGUUGAGAAUGCCGACAAUGCCGACCUUGAGGAGGAAACGGAGCCCGAGAAGACACCCGACGAUAUCGUGAAACCUGGUACGCCCGCAGCACCCCGCUUUGCACCUGCAUCUCCCCCGACAACUGGUCGAGCGAGUCGCGUGAGCAAGAAGCUGCCCACAGACGACACUCCCAUCAAGCGUACCGGCAAGCGCAGCCCCUUCGACGGGUGGCGUCGAUCUAAGAGCUCCGCCAGCCAUGGCGCCGCCCACGGACAGAAGAGAGAAGCGGAGGCCACGCCCAAUGAGAGCUCAUCGAAACGCCAGCGUGCCUAGGCGGCACCUAUGGACUUGGACGACCACUUGGAUCAGGCAUCACUUCAGUUGGCCUAUCGCCUGCGAGUUGUGAGCGCCUCAAGUGAUUCUUGAGACAGGGCAAGGGCACGUUUAACUAGGGUUUCUGUGUUUUUCUUUUGUUGCAUUUUUAGGUAAAGAAAGGAACCAUUGAGGUCAGGCCAGGUUAUCGCGACACAGCACGGCGUUGGUGGAUAUAUUAUGGCUCUCUUAGCAGGCCUUGUUCACAGCUGGUCAUCGAGUCGAAAAAUUGAGACUGGAGUUUGGCAUAACCAAACUAUCGUACUACUCGUGAGACAGCUAGGUAUCAGAUAGAUAAUUGAUUCUUGUAGUAC